CUCUUUCUAAAGGCUCUUUGGCAGCGCUAACCUUGUCAAAUAUCGCGAUAUCCGCUUCCCUAAUCACUACGUAAUGUGCCGUGCUGCUUCUAGCGGCGCUGGUGACAGUGCUGAAAGCUGUUGGGGUGAGUUUUAAUAUAUAUUCUUUAAUCAUUGAAGAACUAAAACUUUUUUAGAAAUAAGUAAUUUAAUAACUAUCUUUUCUUUGAAAGUUGGUCUUUGUAAGUGAAGGAGUUAUCUCGAGCGGAGUCAUACGCAGAGCUCGGGCCUGGGUGGGGGCUGCCGUGUUUUUCCUCUCCAUAAAUCACCACACAAGGACCAGGCAGCCCAGCGGCGUGCGAGCUAACUGUAGUAGCUACUAGCCACGUAGCUCUAAAGACGCCCUGUCUAAAUACAUAUUUAAAGUCUUUACAGACAGCUCUGUGUUUCUGAAACGUGACUCGGCGUGCUAAAUAGGCAGCACGUGUUUGUAAUGUCUGUCUCUAGCCUUCUGACGGACGCUGUUAUCGGUCAGAAUCGAGCAGGAGCCUCCUGUCGGUUGUCAUAGCUCCUUUGUUGUCCCGUCCUCGUGCUGUUAGCUACCAUAACGUGAUAUUUCCGUUAUCGGUGUACGAAGAAACUUAAGCCAGCGAACUCUACUGACGGUGUAUUUUGACCUUGAUUAAAUUUGAGCGAGUAUUAUUCGCACUAAAGCAAAUGGUCGUGGUUUAACCUGCCGGUUAACAGCCUCUCUAAUUACGAUCUGUCCGAACUCGGCCUAAGUCUGCUAUAUUAAACUACCACCAAGUGUAUAUAUAUAAUUUUCAGAGGAAGGUCGCAGAGCCAGGGGCGAGUCUGAAUAGGUGGCCUGGGGGGGCAUGGACCCCUUUUUAAAAUGUGAUUGGUCAUUCCAGGUGCCACUCCAUAAUCCUGUAAUCCUGAUUGGUAAUAUGCCAUGUCAGAGGCGGGUCUCGGGUUAAAUUGAACAAUUUGUGCUGUGCUCCUUCAGACCCCAUUUGUCCCUUUCUACAUUUAAAUGCAGUGUUGUACAUGUUUACGCAAACGCAAUAGUUAUAGUUUAUGGACUUUAUCUUUUGAAUUACGAACAAUGUUCAGGUCUUAAAUCAACUAGUUUACAUGAAUUUCAUUUUGGCUGCACUGACAUUGUCCAAUUUGCAGUUUUGAAACCUUAGAAACAAAUGAAGUGGAAUAAAAUUUACCCAAUGGUUCUGACUUUUAACCCAAAUACUUGAGAAAUAUCUGAUUGAAAUCACGAUGUGCGGGGGAUGAUUUUCACAUCCUCUCACUUCAGGGAAAAAUAACUCAUAAAAUUGCACUGCUCUGAAUCCAAAAAAAGUUAUAAUCCAGUGGGAUUGGUCCUGGUUUGUUCAUAUUACCGUACUUAUUAAGUAGUUGUAAAGUUCUGGUAUCAUUGGCACUGCUUACUACAUCUGCGGGGUUGACAGAAACAGCAUUUACUCUAGCACUGUACCACACAGCACUGCUUAAAUGUAGCAUAGUCUUUGUUGCUUAUGCACUGUAUAGAAAAAUACUAGUGACGGGCAGAUGAUAUCUGACCAAGCUCUGAGGUUUUCUUUUGAAUUUUACUGAAAAAGAGCUGGUAAGCACAGAUGUCUAUCUGGUGGCCUAUAAAAUCAAUGACAGCCCCCAAAUGGUGGUCUGGAGCAUCAGUAGGUACACUAGUUUUAGUCUUCAAGAUGUAAAAAUUGGUGAUGCCCAUGCGUUGUGUAUUGAUACUAUCUGUAUCUCCGCAGAUCUGUCCCUUUUGUUCAAAUUUACCAGUCUUGGUAGCUUGGUAGCAAUACAAGCUUUGGAGCUGCGUAAUCGUACUCCUAUCUCUUGAAAACAAAAACAAAACAAAAAAACCCUUAAAAUGUAUGUUCAAUAGAGUGCAUGUUUAGGUGAAGCUCAGCUAUAACUCUGACCGUACUGAAAGGAGAAUUGGAGAUGAUACAAAUGGAUGUGGAAACAUGAUCCAAAGCAAUCAGUGUGUGUAAUUUGGAAUUUAACAUCUCUGUCAAUCUAAUCAUCUCUGAUGAUGAAUUGUGUCAGGGUAGCACAAUUAAUCAUUUUUAGUAAUAUUUUUUAUAUUUAAGAUUGUAUAAAUAGGUGCUCAGCAUAAGUUAUCACAGCAAUCUGCCUUGAAGUGAAACAGCUUUGGAGGAACAGAAACCACAACGUUGAUUCCAAAGUAUCUCGAUAACUGCAAUUCCUGCAUUGCAUUGUAAUACCCCCCCCCCCCCCCACACACACACACACACACACACACACACACACACACACACACCACCACAUAAAUUAUAUAAUGAUUACAUAUAACUAUUUAUGCAUCUUUGUUUGGUUUCAAGCCAUGAAUUAUUGUAGCUACUAUGCUAACAAUGCCUUAUCAUUAGGGUGGAGUAAUCAUUUAAUCUGUGGGGAGAUUUUCACUCCGGCUUUGUAUGAGAUGGUUUCUAGUUUUACAGAGUAAAAAAAAACAACACUGAAGUUUAGUCAUGAAGCAAAAAACAUAUUCAUCACUUUUUCAACUUGUCCAGGCUGCAUCCCUGUAGCCGACUUGAUGAGUCAGCUUUUUCCCUCCCAUGUAAACUUCCUUUUCUAUUUAGUUCUUGAUUAUAAAAAAACAACCCCCUGUUUUUCGCUUUGCUUCACAUGUAAGAUGCUCUUGUUUUCACAGCCAUGCUUGUAUUGCUGAUAUGUCACUUAGCUGAGCAGUUGGUUGGCAGCUGUUGUAAACCGGGUACGGCAUACACAUGCCACAGUAUCCUGUCUUUUAUAGAGUUCUUAAAGUAGCAAAAUUGGGUGUCCCAAAACUGAGAGAGGUUUAUCUGUGCUCAUAAAAUUGGGAUAUAAUGUUUACAUGCACAACCACAAAAACAGGAUACAUUUACUUGUUCGUCUGAAAAUAUUUUAUUUAUUUACAUCGAGAAACCAAAAUGCACUUUUGAGCGCCAAGAAUUAGCUUGGAAGAUUUAUAAAUUGCAGGUCUGUAACAUUUACAUUGAUGCGACAUCUAAUACUUAAAUAUAAGUAUUAAAGUUCAUUGGAUUACUGAAGAAUAAAAAGUAAUUAUUUUGUGUGCGCCCAGAUUUGAGAAAAUAAAGCCUGAACACCACUUGCAAUGGUACUCAGUGUUGCUCAGUUUUCCUAGCCUUACAUUUACUGUAUCACGUUUCCCUUUUUUGAAUAUGUCUCCAUAUAUAACACUUUUAAUUUAAAUACUUAGUCAGUUCUCUGGAUUCUGCCAGAAGUCAUCUCUAAGUCACCACAAAUGGAAGAACAUGCUAUCAUAAGACUCUUGAUAUUAUCUUUGGCUUUUUCAAACAUUCUUUGGUUUGGAGUCCCCUACUCUUACUUGUUAAAUGAUUACCAAGCUAAACUGUAGUUUAUUAUUUCUUAGGAAGUGCUGAAAUGGCCAAUUGGCUCUGGUGGUUUAGUGGGUGUACUGUUUUCCUCUUUCUGCGUCACUAAAGCUACCAAGGGGGGAGCAGAAAAGUCCUCCUCCAAGGCUGUUUUCACUGUAGUCGUCUCUGUUCACAGCUCACAACCUUUAACCCACUUUGCCAACCCAUCUUGUGAUAGCUGACUACUUUGUUUUUUUUUCUGUCACUGGGCUCUACAGCUUAACUUCUUUUAGGUCAAUAUUCAUCCACCUCAAAAUGUAAACUUAAUACUAAAAGUGGCUGUUAAUGAAGUUAAUCUGAAUUAGAUAUUUUAAUCUGAUAUUUAAAAUUUAAAGCCCCUCAAAACUGCUGGGAAUCCCUUUAAGCAUUAACAGUGUUAGAAUUUAACCUUCUGGGAAGUCCAAGGGUUGGGAGACAUUGCGACACAGUCACAGCAGAAUAGAUAUCAUGUGUCCCGGGUUGGCUCACCCUGCUUGUUUUCAAAGAAGAGUAUUUAGGUCAACAACACUCUGUUACUACCGACUGAUGGAGACGAGUUUCUCACUAAGUUGAGCAAAAUGCACACACGGUUCACACACUGACAAGCGGAUCACGGCCUGAAUGGCGAGGUAUGCAGAGGACUUGUUGAGCUCUUACCUGCUUGUCAACUGCCUGACAUUGUGGGCUGUAUCCAGAAGCAUAUGAGGAAAACCUAUUUUUAUACUUGUGAGUCUGGGGGCAAAGAAUGAAGUGAUCUCAAACUGAAACUCACAGCUACUAUGGUUGUUGUUGUACUUUCUGUAACAGAAACUGUAUAAUGAUACGACAGUGUCAGCCAGUGACUCUGCCUUAUUGCCUGUUUUCUAUAGAUUUAAAAGGAGAAGUCAUAAAUUCUGCAAAGCUAACGAAAUCUGCUUUUCCCCUACAGUAUGAAGUGAAACGGAACUGAAUUUUUGUACCAUCCGCAACUGCUUCAAGUUCAGAUCACGACAAAGAAACUGAAGAUCAACCUUCCAAAAUAAGCAAAGUUGCAACACCGAAGACACGUGGAAAACAAAACAGAGGAUCACUUCAAGGGUUUAAAAACACACGAAGUAACCAAAUCCUGAAACGACCAAAGACGACGCACAUCAGCCCAAUCGAAAAACGCGGAAGAGAAGCAAUCCUGCGCCCAAGCAUACUCUGAGAAGACAACAACUGAUCUGAAACCAGAAGUUUGUGCCUACUCAACAGCUUUGACAAAGCACACGUCCCAACGCUGCUCCUAGCCCUCCUCAUCCUCACCACACCACCGACUCACCACCGGGGUGUGGAGUGGGCUGCUAUCUGCUAGUUUUUUUUUUUUCCCCCCAUAGUUUCCCCUGUCUCCCCUCCUCUUCUUCUCCCACUGUUUCAGUGUGUUUUUUUCUAAGCAGUGUUAUUACACCUGCGUUUGCCUUUUUUUGCGCUCAAUUUCUCCCCGUAUAUUUUUUUUGCUUUAUGCAACCAUCCAGAACUUGUGCCAGAAACUUGUAACAAGUGUGUGUGUGUUCAACUGUGUGCGUGAAGAGAUCUGCAGGAACUUUGAAGAAUCAAGACGACAAAUAAAGGUGGGUUUCAGUCGUAGUCCCAGUAUUAUAUGAGAUGCAUCAAUGAAAAAAGUGCUUCUUUUCAGCGACCUGUGGUUUCACUUAUCAUAUUUUCGAUUACAUCCUGAUCAGAGAUGCUGCAAUCUAGGCACAUUAAGAAUCCAGAUUUAAGAAGGGAUGUCCCGAUCAGCUUUAAUCCCCACCAAUCUGAUUAUAUUCGUAUUGAGUAUCUGCCGAUACGAAGUCCAAAGCUGAUGCUUGUAUUUUCCCUUCAAACUGGAGCUGUAUGUAAUACUGCACACUUAACUCAGCACUUGUAAUGUCAUGAAAGUAACAGCAGACAAAACACGUCUGAAUUGUCCUUGGAUAUUGUCACGAACUUCCCUGCACAGCGCUGGUCAAACGGUGUCUGUACUGUUGUGUCAAGAAUGCAGAAUCCGAAACCUGCACUCUUUACCACAGAGAUGGGCUGAUGCACCAUCUUCUGCUGCAUGGUUGGUUUUUAGAUGUCCAAUCAAGUAAGUUGAAAUCAACUCUACUGUUCCUGCAUUUCAAAACAGUCAUAAAUAUGUCGCAGGUGAGUGUCAGACUAAUGUGAGUUUCUAGUUUAUAAUAUUUCCUCAUUUCUGAAAUUUUAGCCACAAGAGUGCUAAUGCUAAGUUACUUCCACAUUUACAGUCUGCAGAAAACAGUGCUCUGUUUACAACAGCCGACAUGAAUGAUCAGGAUGAAAUGCUUGGCGAUCCUACACAGAUAAAAACAAUGCCUAGAUGUGCUCUGAUCCAAUGAUUGGGACAUCCCUAACCAUAAGUUUGACAGUGCUCAGAUUCUGUAUUUGCAUGAACUUAUUACCCAGAUAUCCAGGUGUACAAACAUAGAUUGUGAAACACAUUUCUGAUUUUGUUGGGCCAGCUGUACUGAUUCGGAGUUUAUUUUCCUUUUUGACUUUGAGGACGAAUAAAAGUGAAUUCUUCUUCAGCUUGAAUGGCAGUCAUCCUUGAGAAAUACGCGCUGAAGCUAUAUUCAUAACUGUUGUUUAGUCUUUUUGGCUCCUAAAUUUCAUUCAAUGAUUGCAUGGCGCAAAUAUUGGAUAUCCAAUUUCACAUUAACUGGCUUAAAAAAACUGCAUUCAAUCAUUACGAAAACAAACUUAGAAGUUCUCUUCCCCUUUGUUCGCCAUCAGCUAAGCAUCUUUGGAUCUUUUGACCAAACAACACCAACAUUGUUACCUUAUUUUGACUCUACAGACCAAACUUCUCAAUGAAUGGGAAAAUUUUAACACAUUCUUAGUUGAAGCCCUUUUAAUGCAACUUUCCUCGACUUAAAAUGCUAACACUAGCUGACACUCUGACGCAGGAGUGUGAUUUUUUUAUCAUGCCAGUGACCUUUACAUUUCAAUUUGCUUAAGAAAACUCAGUUGAACUGCCACCGCCUCAAACGGUUAAACUGGUUAUUCAAUUCAGUAUUACAGUAAUUUGAUUGUCUUCCCACACCCAGCCCGCACUUUUUCCUUCUCUCUCGCUUUCAAGUCUUACCCCCACCCCCUGAUUUGGGCCUUUUCUGGGGGAUUAAAGCCCACAGCUGUUUUCCUUUUGUUUGUGACACUUGGCACACUGGCUGACCUAUCUGCCUUACCCGUUAUGUUUGUUCCUUCUCUUCACCCUUGCAGACAUCCAGCGGUGUAUCAUUUGGGUGGUUACAUAGGAAUUAGUACUUGACAGUCAAGCAAAAAAAGAAAAAAAAAAUCAAACAAGUAAUCAAGUUCAGCAAGUGCUCAAGCAAGUUGGGUCCGAGUUUAUGGGAAAAAAUGGGCAGCCCCUGGAAAGGCUUUGUUGAGUUUACCUUGCCUGCGUCGCCACCCACCGCGUUUGUUAGCGCUGACCUGAGCAGCACCUCCCCUGUCGGACUCAGCCUGUCGCCAUAUGGCCGAUCCGUAAGUUCCACCUUCCACCUCUUUUUUUUCUUCGUGCCCCACCCCAUCGAAACACCCAUCCACCCACCUUGCCCUGCAUCUCUCUGCUGUGAAUGGCCUAACCUCUUCCAUCCCUUUCGGGCUCCCGAGACAAGCCUCUACUUAGCCUUUUAUCGCAGGGUGAGGGGUGUUCUGCACUUUAGACUGUAAACGUGGCGUUUUUUAGAGGUACUAAAAAGUCUCUUGAAUGAAAACAUUUCUUGAUCCUACUUUGCGACACAAUCCAUCAAAUUCUUGCGCCAUGAGAUCAACAAAUUACGUGGGGCUUUAUCACGAUUCGAUAACUUCACUCAAAUCAAGGCUUGACAAAUGAAAAAACUAACAUUACACCUUUUGGUCCCCAUGUGAAAAUUGACGUGUUUUCAGUAGACAUUUCUGAUAGGGCCGUAAAGGAGAGGCUGCUCUGGGACCCCCCUCAUAACCCAUUACCCAUCACCAACUCUCUAUCCACUGUAGAUGCACCGCUGUCAUUUGCAUUUUCCGACUCUCCAUCUUCCGUAGUUUUAAUUUCACCUUACCUGGAGUAGACUUUGCAAGACUGCACUUGCACCACUUCCCCUUCACUGGCGAUGCUGAGAGGUUGUUCUGCUUUCUUUUUAGUUUUGUACCAGUUAAACUGCACCGGUGUUUUCUGCUCUAGUUAGUGCUGUUGAUACCUGUGUCAGGGUUGUUACUGCGUGAUCUUGUGCUUUUCUGCUCGUCAUUCGGUCCCAGGAAUUCCCUCAGGGUUUGGUGGAGGUUAUGACGGACUUAAACUUCCCUGUGUUAUGAAAUCUUUGUUCACAGGAGCAUGGAGUAAGCUGCAAUAUUGCGAAACAUAUUAUAUGUGGGGCCUCCAGGAGUGAAUGCGUUGGCAAACACUGGGCGAUGAGAAAUGAUCUGGUUUGACAAAAUACCUGGACGAAAGUAAUUGUAGGCUCUGUAUAAGACACAAUCCGCAAUGAAAUAUUUUUAAACUUUAAAGAACCUCCUCUGCCCUUCUACUCGCUGUUGUUAAACAACUGAAGUUAAAAAGAGCCACACAGAUAUGGAAAGAACUUUCAAAUGUGUCUUAAUGCGGCGCUAAAGAAUUAAACAUUUUUUUUUAUUUUUUUUUUUCAUUUAUUGAUCCAGUAAAAGAACAUUCUUAGUUUGAUCUUUCAAAAUAAAAGCAUAUGUUAUGAAAACAAAAGAGAAAAUAACUUUGGCAAAAGCAGCUCAUGUGGCAGCAUUAUGAGGCAAUCUCACUUUUUGUUCUAAAGCUCAUUCAUAAUCUGGGUUUCUUAACCCUCAUUUGAAGGACUUAAUCACAAUUCAUAUUUCUGCAUGUUUUUUUUGUGUGUGUAAUACGGUUUUAGAUAUCUAGAUCAAUGUGAUAUACUAAGAGUAGUUUAUCGAAUCAGGUUUGACUUUAUUAACAGGUAAAUGGUGAAAAAGAAACAUAAUUUAAAACAAUCAUCUAAAGUUGUUAUAAGAUUUGUUAAAUGUGAUUACUGUGAACUGCUCUGCCUGCACUUUGGCAGUCUGUACCUAUAAGAUAAGCAGCUUGAACUCCUCAGACGCAGGUCAACUUGUACAUCCGUCAUGACAUUGCUCCUUUUUCAAAGCCGCUGCCUCCUCCUCCCAACAGCAUAUCCCAGUCCUAAACCCUGUGUCAGAAAUGGAAAGAGGCUCCUCUGAACCUCCAGUGGCUCGCAACACUGGCCCUCCCCCCUCAUCCUCCACCGGCCCCAUGCCUAUCCCCCGCUCCUCUUCUGUCUCUUGCCAUCCCCACCCAGGGAGUAAAAAACACAAACGGACUCCGCUGUAUCAGAGAUCAGUAAGAGGGCAUGUUUGGCGGUGCUGAGACUUAAACGGCCCUGUGAGCAGAUGUGGUCAUGUGACUUUUGCUAACAGCAUGGUGUGUAGCUGUGAGAAGUUAAACCAGGACGAAGUGGCAGAUUUUGAUCCGUUUCAUAAAUAAAGUUGCUUUAAUUGGAAGGAAAGAGUUUUUGAACUUUUGUGUGUCUAACCAAAAUGCAUGAAGUAGCAAAGCGUUGUUGGUUUUUCGGUAUUUCCAGACUUAAUCACAUGAUAACGGAGUGAACUUUGGCUUUUAGUGCAUGUCACGUCACAUGUAAGGAAAGCAGAAGGUGCCACACUGGCUUGUUUUCAGUCACUGCUGCAGGUAAAACUGAAAUUGUAUUCAGGCAUCGUCACAGUGUGUUCUCCACUGCUGAAGACCAGAAACCCCAGAAGACUCUGUAGCUUUACUUUUCUUUUAUUCCUCCCUACUUUUCUUGAAAUUUGCUCUACCUGCAUGUUUGAAGUGUUUUUUUCUUUUAAGGUUGGCAUUAAACACCACAUUAAACUGCCUUUCUUUUUUUUCUUUUUUUUUUUUGCCUGCCUGUCGAUCCGCCGCUGGACUCAUUUUAUCACUUGUAUCUUCUUCCCCAGAUGAGUUUUGAUCCUGGCAUGCUCCAUAAUAAUGGGCACACUGCAUACGCCAACGGCACAGGGCCUGGCAUCAGGGAGACCGGGGUGGUGGAGAAGCUGCUGACCUCUUAUGGGUUCAUCCAGUGCUCAGAACGCCAGGCUCGUCUCUUCUUCCACUGCUCCCAGUACAAUGGCAACCUGCAGGAGCUCAAAAUAGGAGGUGGGUCUCUGAACUUGUCCUGUCAUCGUAAAUACUUUCAACACCAGAGCCAUGUCACUGUUUAUUAUUGUAACACAUGUGCUAAGCCUUGGUUGUCCUCUGCUUCUCUCUCCUCAGAUGAUGUAGAGUUUGAGGUUUCCUCUGACAGGCGCACUGGCAAGCCCAUAGCAGUGAAGCUGCUUAAGAUAAAGCCAGAGGUGCUGCCAGAGGAGCGCAUCUCGGGCCAGGUGGGGCCAGACCUGCACGCCUAUCCCUUUACUGUGCUGCAUGGUUAUAUUCAUCCAGUUAAGGAACACCAUUUUAUUUUUGGUUCUGUCCUUGUCUGUCACUUAAUAAUUAUAUGGCCCCCUUGUGUUUCUGUGGGCAUUGUAAAUGCAUUGUGAAAUUAGACCCGCCCCCUCCCUCUCCCGUAAUCCCACAUCUGAAUUACAGAUUCUCCCACCAAGAUUGACAACAAAUAUUGAUUUUAAAUUGGCAUGUUAUGCUGACAUGCACGAGUGCUGAAAACGAUGAAUGUCUUUUGAACAAAUAUGCUCAAGUGAUCCCUCUAACUGGUGUAUUUACGUCUAAAACAGCCAAUUGAUGCUGUUACUAUGAAACGACCUAAUAAAGCACAGAUGGCUGUUGCAGAAACUUAAGAAAUAUCUGUCGCCAUCCUGGUGCUGUCAGUUUGACUGCUACAUCAUAAAUGUGCACUCAGUCAGGGCCUUCAGAGCUGCGCCAUAACAGUCUUGAGUUGUAAUUUACAGUUCAUAGCAUACAAGCAAUGCCGCUUGUCUAGUUCUCUAUAAACACAAUAAAUCAUAUACACAUGCAGAGAAUAAUGGGAUGGCACGAGGUUGGGUUGAGUGUUGAAAGACAUAUUUGACAGGGAAGCACAGUCCUGCUAACCUAUGGAUGCUGCACCACACCUGCUGUGACACUUGAUAUACUUGUUACUGUGACAUUUAAAUUCAGCCAUUUCAUCCAUCUAUGUGCAUUAGUGUUUUAGUUAGGUUUUGUGACCUACAGUGAAUAUCUUCAUCUUAGACCGGCCAAGCAUUAUGUUAAUGGUUUCCACUGUUUUGCAGGUUGUCUCAGCAAUCCCUGUGCAUUUGGAUGGAAAGUCUGCUCCUGGCCAGGUUCCCACUGGAAGUGUUUGUUAUGAAAGAAACGGGGUAAGACAAGUGGCAAGGAUUACAGCUUGUUUGAUAAAUACAGUUCCAUUUGAUGCACUUUACUGUCCCUGUAGAGGAAUUCCUCUUGGACGUCUGUGCUACAAAUUUAUCAGAGAAAACAAGAAGUACACAGAGAGAUUGACAAACUAAAGCAAUUGCACACUGUCCCUAUGGCACAAGCUCUACAUACAAAGAAGGAAUGCAUAGACCAUGAUGUUACUGCACAACUAACGCAGCUUCAUUUAGUAAAAGAAACAUGAUUUGAAACUUUAACCAAAGGAGGCACGAAUGAGUUUUUAAAGUAUUAAUUGGGAGACUCAACAAAAUGCCUGACAGAUGGUGAAAGCUCAAACGCAGAGUGGGGGAUGUGACAUGUGGGUCAGACAACACUCUGUGCUUGCCUGUGAGCAGACUGCUCAUUCAUUCACUGGUGGGAAGAGUCUAGUCAUUCCUACCCACAACCUUCACGGCAGUCCAUCCCAGACAAGCAAGCGUGGAUUUUCACUGUGCAGAUGGGCUGUUGUAUCAUGCUGACUUCUCAUGCUUGAGGUUGCUCGAAAGCACAGCUUGGUAAAUAGGAUUAAGAAUGAAGCAUAUAGGCUUUAUUCCACUAGAAAGGACUGCAUCACACCAUUAUGCAUUAAGAUUUUUUAGAAUGAUACCUUUGACGGUCGGGAAGGAUGUAUUAAAGGUCAAGCACAGAGAGAGCGAGACUUUGGAUGGGGGUUUGUCUCCGGCUUUAUUCUACUGAUCCAGACUGUAUUUAAAAUUAGAGACAUGGAGGAGGCAUACACAGGUGUGAACAAGAUGAUACGAGACAGUGAAUGAGGGAGUGGAUCAGAGUGAAUGAGGGAGUGGGAUGACUAGAUAAAAGGAGGCUUAAACAGUAAACCGUUUACUUUUUUUCUCCUAAUAACAAUUUAAUCACUUGUUCCAUGAGUAGCUUGGUUUUGCAAAUCUUAACAGCAUAAACCAUACUGUGGGGGCAGAUGUUAAUCUGUGGUAUGCUGCUCAGAGCUGCAUGUGUUGUGCAUCCUGUGGCUCAGAUAACACUUUUUAAAACCUCCACUGCACACUGCUGUUGUCUUAGAUGUGUAUUAACUCUCCCACUUCAGACUUGAAUGCAAACUACAUUAAGCAUUAAUACAUUUGUCUUUAUCUCCUUUUGACUGACUGUCCUCAGGAGGUGUUCUACCUUACCUACACUCCUGAUGAUGUGGAAGGAAACAUCCACCUGGACACAGGCGACAAAGUCAGCUUUUACAUGGAGACCAACAAGCAGUAAGUCCUCACGCCAGCUUUAGUAUUGUUAUGCAUUGUAAUUUAGCUCGCAAGACAUUUUACACGCAUCACUCUUGUUUUUCAGUACGGGUGCAGUCAGUGCUCGCAAUAUUCAGCUUGUGAAGAAAAAGCAGAUGAGGUGCCAGGGUGUGGUGUGUGCAACAAAGGUACGAGAAAGACAUUUGUUUUAUAGACCUGUUUUUAUUCAGCAGGUCAGGUUUUGGUCUGGUUUUCUGAGACGGAUGGCCUCCCUGUUAACCUCGCCAUGUGAUGUUUUUCAGGAGGCGUUUGGAUUCAUUGAGAGGGCUGAUGUGGUGAAAGAGAUCUUCUUUCACUACAGCGAGUUCAAGGGUGAUCUGGAGGCUCUGCAGGCUGGAGAUGAUGUUGAAUUCACCAUCAAGGACAGAAAUGUAGGUGUUCGCUUCCCAAAAAUACCGUAGUAUCUAUUGAAGUUGCCACAGAUCCACUCUCUUAAUCUGUGAUAACCUCCCAAAAAGUGUAUGAAACAUAGUUCUAUAUGUGUCUGUAGGGUAAAGAGGUAGCCACAGAUGUGAGACUGCUCCCCCAAGGAACAGUCAUCUUUGAAGAUAUCAGCAUCGAGCAGUUUGAAGGCACUGUUGUCAAGGUUAUACCCAAGGUUCCCACCAAAAACCAGGCAAGUACUUUACACACCUGCCAAGAAGAUAAAAACACUUACAUAUUUGAAGAGUCUAAGUGCUGAAAAACAAGAAAAAGUUGACAAAUAUCGCUGUCCUCGUCCCACAGAACGACCCUCUACCAGGUCGCAUCAGUGCACGAAUUGGCUUCACUGACAAGGAGCUUCCAUUUGGUGAGAAGGACACAAAGUCCAAGGUGACUCUUUUGGAGGGAGACCACAUAAUGUUCAACAUCUCAACCGACCGCAGAGACAAGCUGGAGAGGGCCACUAAUAUUGACAUCUACCCAGACACUUUCAACUUUACCAAGGAGACUCGAGAAAUGGUGAGGAGAUCAAAAAAGAGUCUGGUGUCAGACUAAGGGAGGGCGUCUUGGAGGAGGGAUAAAGUUUGUUUCAGAUAAUCAGAUUUUACAUUUUAUGUGUCAGACUGAAAGUGUAGUAUAUACUCAGACUUAAAUUAUACAUUUCACUUUAGCUUGUAUUUAAAUACAAACUUAAUUUCCCAGUUUGUUUUACAAUUUGAAUUUUGGUUUUGCAAAUGUUGUUCUUUUUCUUCUAUUCAGUAUUGAUUUAUUUUAUACAGCCAGCAAAAUAGGCUAUUCAUUUAUAGAUGUAGUAUACUUUUAUCAUGAUACUAAACGCUGAUAACUGCAUUUUAAUUGAGGUACUCCUUAAACCUCCAGAACUCUUGAAAUAACACAAUGUUUUAUGUUCAGUGUUAUAAAGCUGUGAUAAUGGACUCUUAUGAAGGGGCUACAGAUUUCAACUGAAAUGCCCUUUCAGACACCAACUUUGCAUCACCCAUUCUUCUUGCAGGGAGUGAUUGCAGCCAUACGUGAUGGCUUUGGCUUUAUUAAGUGUGUGGAUCGGGAUGCAAGGAUGUUCUUUCACUUCAGUGAAGUUCUUGAGGAGAGCCAGCUGCACAUCUCUGAUGAAGUGGAGUUCACUGUUGUGCCUGUAGGUCCUUUUUAUAAGCUUUUCACCCAAAUAUGUAUUCUGUGUUAUCAAUGCAGGUACAUCUGGAUCAUUAUCAGGGUUCCCACACUUGCAAGAAAACCGUUCAUUAAUUCUCCAGUCAUGGAAAACAUGAAGAAAACAGGAAAAAUGUUGUCCUGUCCUGAAAAUGUAUUCAAAUGUUCACCUAAUUUCAUAUUACAAGUCAUUGUCAUCUAAAAUGGCUAAAUUCUGGGGGUUGUAACAAAUAGAAAAGAUGUCAUUUGAGUUAUCAUCUGAAGCGGCUGUUGUCUGCAGAGUUCUGAAAACAGGUUCCUAUUCCAAAACCACUUUACGUAGGCUUGUCAGGUCUGGAUUGGAUUACCUGGAAGAGGCCGCAGACUUCUUCAAAAACCUGAAACUGUGGAUUUAAAAAGUCUGUAGUCUCAUGAGAAUAAACUGGUCCAGCUCUUAGAGGCUCAGGUGUUUGGGUUCUGAGUCAGGACCUCAUCUAAUGUGGUCUUUGGGUGAUAAAAAGCAGUGAAAACCUCCCUUUUUGGGGAUUUUUACAAAAAGGAUAAACAUUUUACAAAUCUGGAAUUAGGUUUUAAGACACUGCAGUCUCUCUAGAUUAAUCAAGUCCAGAUCUGACAAUUCUAGAUAUAGUCCUGGAUCAGAACCUUUUAAAAGAGAGGAUUGCCCUUUAGGAAUUAAUAUUUACCAGGUCUGAAAAUUCUAGGUACUAGGGUUUUUCAUCAGGGCCUUGGUUUCAAAACCUUCCUUUAAUGUAAGCUGGGGGUUAGGUACGAACUAAAGCGCCUCACAACGAGCUUCACGCUGCGACCACAUGGAGUCACUGCACACGAAAGACGGAUGACAUUCAGGUUGAGACUGAAACUUAAGGUAACGUAGGCUAUUGUGCAUAUCAAAUGUAAAACAUAAAUCUUUGCUGGCGGCCCGUCUACAUUUUUAUUUGGCGUUUUUAACAAACGAGUUUAUGUCGCGAAAAUUUAAUCAUGAAAUUAGCAUGGUGGUACAGUCGCCUAGCUAGCUUGUUUGGCAUGGAAAGGUUUAAAGUUGGUUUCAUAGGUUUAGUUGAGACAAUUUUCCAGUGAAUGAGACGCCGUGGUUGAAACCGUGAGUGUCAGCCGUACCGUAAAAAAGUCAUAAAAGGCUUGAAUACUGGUGAAUAGUGCUUUCAGCCUUAUGCUAUUAUUGAAUGCUAAAAUGCAGCACGUUCACGGUAUUUGGGCGCGCGGCCGAGGAAGGUUCUUGCGUAGUAGUCGGUGAACACCUGAUAUGUAACAAUAAAAUUUCUGUUAGUGACUUCAACAUGGAAACGGACACAGCCUGCCCUAGUCUGUGGUCUCUUCGUUUAAGCACAAUUAUAUAGCGCUAUUUCAGAUAACUGUAACAAAACCAGUUUCAUGCUCAAAUGAGACCUAAAAAAAGCUAAAAUUGGCUCAACAGUUUAAUGAUGCCAACCCCCUGAACCAGCCUAAUGCCCAUAUCUAGAACAAGCCCACCAAGCAAUGUGCCAUAUAUUGCCUUUAAAUGAUAACAAUAUUGCUAUUUCUCUCAAAUGUAUUCCAAUAUUUUCGAAAUUGCUCUCUAAAUGGUCAAUUCAUCGGCACAGCGUUGGCAAAGAAUCCCUGUGACUCUGCCCUGACAACAUAAGAUAAACUUUUUGUAAUUAACUUGAAUUUGAUUUAAUUUCAACCAUAAAAUCUUAUGGUUUUGCUUGACAGCAUUCCUUAACUUAUACUGGAAAUAAAUACAUAUCAUUAUAUUACCUGCUAAAAUUAUGUCCACUGAGAUGCACUUCAGGUUUUCCUCAUAUUUUCUACUCGGAGUCAGCUGAAGGGUGGGCGGCAUGACUGUUGAGCAAGCAGGUGGAGCUGUGUAUGUGCUCGCUGCCUGGCGAGACUGUGUAUUUGAAUAUUUGUGUGACAUUAUCCACAUGUACCUGCUUAUAGAGACUAACAUUUUGGAAAAGUGUAUUAAAGUAGCUUACUUGUUAAAUGAAUUUUUACUGUUCAUUUUCUGAAAAAAAGAAAAUGUGUUCUUGGCAGCAUCUAUAAAGUAGUUCAAAAAAGGACCUGGCAAAUCUGGUUUCAGCCCAGUAACUAAAGUUUAAGCCCUAGAUGUAUGCUUUGCUUUGAGAGCUUAUUCAAGAGAGAUUAUCACCAAGGUUGUUGUUACUAAGAGUGAUUUCUAAUUUGUUUGUAAAUGGAUCAUAUGGAGGAGGACUACCACUUUUGAAAUGAUGCAGUUUUUUAUUCUACUGUCUGUUGUGCUCCGUUUAAAGCAUGUCAUGUCAGAGUCGACGGUUAAACCUGCAGACUGUACAUCUUUUGAGUUGGAAGCAAGGGAAUCCUGAUUAUGGGUUUAUGUGAAUUUGCACGUCAUGUAAUGAGAGUCCUUUGUUUUCCAGGAUAUGCUGUCAGCUCAGAGGAAUCAUGCAGUGCGCAUCAAGAAGCUGCCAAAGGGCACAGUGUCCUUCCAUACCCAGUCUGAGCAGCGUUUUAUGGGCGUGGUGGAGAAGGAGCUUGCAGCAAGCAACAAAAAUGCCAGUCCCACCAAGGGGAAGGACAAGGUAAAGUUACACAAUUGACGCUCUGUUGUGCAGGAAAAUACUACUGUUACAUAAAAACAGUACCUCAGCCCUCUACUUCUCUUCCCUACUUUUUUUAUUAUAAGUUCUAAUUUUCCUCUUUGCUUUCUCCUCCAAAUGACUUCAUCCUGUUCAUGCUGGUUAGAAAAAAGACAAGGUAGGACGUAGACCUUCUGCAUGGAGCUGCAGUAGUCGAGUCUCUCUCAUUCUUAGUAGAGAUGCUCAUAAGUUAGGAAGAUUGCACAAACAUAUAUCAAUAAGCCAUGAUAAAAACUAACAUUAAUGCUGAGAAAUGAUUCCUAGACCUUCAUGAACAAUCUUUAAAUCAAGACAUUCAGUGUACAGCUGUCUCUUCCAGUGUGAUGGAUUUCUUUCUCUCUAUUCUUAAAGGGUAAAGUUGUAGAAAAGGUCAGUCUUUGCAGACCCACUGAUUGCCUCAUUUAGAUUUUGACUUGGCAGCAUGGUAUUUGAUCUCCUUUGAUAACCCUCACAACACGGACUCGAAGUCUUAUAUCUGAGCUGAGUGUGUUGUAGGGCUGCACAAAUACUGACCAAACAGGAGCCACACUUACUUCAUGCUGUUGAGUGUAUUUUGUCCUAACCAUCAUUUUCUUUUGAUUUGUCCUCCAGACCGUAACAUCAAUGAGUGAUUUAAUCUACUUUUACUCUGUUACUCUUUGGGCUUUGUUCUGCAUUUGGGUUCAACUCCACAGUACAUGUGGUUGAAGCGGCCACAAGAUGCAACAACAAAUCACAAAAGUUGUAGUCAUCAAUUGUCAUGUUUUUGAUUUGGAUGAGUGUCAUACUUAAAUGCACUGAAAUGCCGCACAUAAUUGCUGUUUUGAUCCCUAUAGUGAACAGUAAUUAUGCAGCCCUACAUUGUAGGCAGUAACAGAGCUGUUGCAGUAGACUAAGCCAAUACUAACCAACUAGGUUGUUACAGAGUGAUGCCGGGGCCUCUCUUAAGCUUGUGUAGGCUGUCUGCCCACCAUCUUUUAAUCAAAUUUAUAACCUUAACUCAUCAGAUUUAAUCACAUGAGACAUUUUUAGCUCACGCUAGUUAAGCUGAAAAAAAAAAAAAGUGCAGCACUGUUACGGCGAUCGGCUUGUCCAGGACCAGCAGUAAGCAUAAGAAUAACUUGUGGUUAAAAAGACAAUCAAUCUUUGUUUCAUUGCUGUUGUAGGAAAACGAGGAAGGAAUGAUUGCAUAUGAAGACUGUGGAGUGAAGCUCACUGUGCCAUUUCAUGCCAAGGACCUGGAGGGAGGGGGCCAGCCACAGGUUGGAGAUAAGGUAUCUAUGAAGAUGGUUAUGAUUUCCUUGCAGAUAAUGAUAGGGCUGAGAUGUUUCUUAAACGUCAGUGUUGCUUUUUGCCAUCAUGAGCAGCUGUAUUUACAGUUUCAAUAGAGUUGGUAAUCAAUGUUCUUUUAUCUCAAGGUGGAGUUCUCAAUCAAUGAAGUGAAGCGAACUGGCCAGCAGAGUGCAGUCUCCAUCAGAGUCCUCAAUAGAAACUCCUCCAAUGCAAAGAGACUGCAUGGAUUUGUCGCCACUCUGAAGGACAACUUUGGCUUCAUUGAGACAGCAAAUCAUGACCAGGAGAUUUUCUUUCACUACAGGUACAGAUUCAAAGUGUCUGUCGCUGAUUUUAAUGUAUGUCACUGUUAGAUCAGUGGAUUCAUAGACGGUUUUCUCCUCAGUGAAAUGUGUGGAGACUUGGAGAACUUGGAGCUGGGUGACACGGUGGAGUACACUCUCUCUAAGGGCAAAGGAAACAAAGUCAGUGCUGAAAAGGUUACCAAAGUGGCAGCAGGUAUGAAGGGUUUCUAUCCUUACAGUUAUUUGUAACGAUUGUUGACAAAGCAGGUGGAGGAGACUCAGGUAGAUCAAGUACUUCUGUUUUGUACUUUUAGUGAAUGGCAUUGGUGAUGAUGUUACGACAACAGUGAUGAUGGGGAAAGUAAUCCGUCCCUUGCGCAGUGUGGACCCUUCACAGACUGAAUACCAAGGGCUUAUUGAAGUCACUGAGGAAGGUUGGUGUGGAUUUUUCUCCAAAGUUUCCUAUAAACUUGUUUUGAAAUUGUGAUAUUUUGAGGAAUUAAGUAAGGUGUUGUUUUGUUUCAGGUGGAAAUAAGGGCCAGAAUUAUCCCUUUGGAAUCAUGGGUAUGGCAAACAAAGCAGACUGUCUGCAGAAAGGUGAAAUUGUGAAGUUCCAGGUGUGCACAGUAACCCAAACUGGACAGAAGAUGGCAUGUAUUAUUGUCCCUCAACGUAGAGCCAUGGUGGAGUGUGUGAAAGACCAGGUUAGGAUCAGUUAAACUCAGUCUUAAUGCAUUUCAUUUAUCACAAACCCGACUAUGAUGGAGUCAGAUUUUAAAUACUGAAGAUUUGGUGUUUUUCUCUCUCAGUUUGGUUUCAUCACAUAUGAAGUUGGUGAAAGCAAGAAGCUGUUCUUCCAUGUUAAAGAGGUGCAGGAUGGACUGGAGCUCCAGACCGGGGACGAGGUGGAGUUCUCAGUUGUCCUUAAUCAACGCACAGGAAAAUGUAGUGCCUGCAAUGUGCGCAGAGUCAGGUGAGGACUUGGCAGACUAUGAUAAUACCUCCUUAACACUUAAAUUUACCUCCUCUGAUCUUCCCAACAAGCACAGUAUUUUAGAAGUUCAUGAGUAAUGAAACAAAAAUCAGUGUUUUGCCUGAUGUGGAUCCUGAAUGCUCAUUACUCGUCCUCAUCUACAGCGAGGGGCCUAAACCGGUGGUGACUCCACGUCCUGACCGUCUGGUGAACAGAUUGAAGAGCAUCACUCUUGACGACGCCAGCGCUCCUCGCCUGGUCAUUGUCAGACAGCCCCGAGGUCCCGAUAAUUCAAAGGUACGACUGUGCCUGUCCUGUUGACACAAUUCAAACGAGGAAGACAUAAAAUCUAAGUUUUUCUACUUCAAAAACAAUUAUUUUUUAUUCUUGUCUGUUUUUCUAGCCUGACUCUAAUUUGGUCUUUCCCGUCUUUCUUCAGGGCUUUAAUGUGGAGCGCAAGACCCGCCAGCCUGGUGUCAUCGACUGAGCAAUACAGAGCCCACCCUGUUUGGUGUUGUUGGAUUUUGUCCUUAAGGGCAGCAGCAGGGUAUAAGGGAAUAUGAUUUGACACAUGCUUGUACACAAACUCAUACAGAAAACAUACGCACACAUACAGUAAUCGGCAUGUGUAAUCUUCGUCCCCAUUGAAACCUGCGUGGGAACUUUCUCAUUCCACAGUUCCCAGCCCCCCGUGUACGCUGUACUUGAGUUCCAAACUGCGGUGCACAUGGGGCCUCUGAGUGUGUGCGUGUGUGAUGUAUCCUAGAGUCAUUAUAGUGUGUAACGGAGGUAUUUGUUUCUGAGGGCCGUGUCCCUAUUAAAUCAGAGUGAUGACUGUGUGGCUGUCUACGUCCCAAUCUUUUGAAUCUGCUUGUCUGGAAUUCUGCACCUGUAAUCUGUCCCGUAUGUUGAACGAGUGUGACUGUUGGCAUGUCUUUAAGCGUCUGCUCCAUUUUCUUCUCUCAUAUUUUUGCUUACCCUCGGAAACUUGAAAUGGUUUCACUGUAGAGUUUCCACUACUGUAUGCUUUCCUACAAGACGCAUAAAGCAAAGUUCCCUCCAUAAGGAGGAUCAUAUUUCUCAUACGUGCGAGCUUAAACUGAGGAUUCUUCUCUGCUCGGUUUUUUGAGCAGUUUUUAAAAUGCUUUAUUGAAGAGCUGAAGUGAAAGCAUGGGGUGUGUGUGUGUGCGUGUGAUGUAUGUGAAUGUCAAAGUAGUUAAUCUAAUGGGAUUUACUUCACCAAUCUGGAGCCUUUAGAUACCUUUUUGGUAUUCACAUGCUCCACUUAAGCAAUUUUUCCCAGGUGCAGAAUUCCUUGUGGCAUCUUAUAUCUGCAGUUCUUUUAUACUACGUUUUUUUUUUUUUUUUCUUUCUUGCACAUAUUUUUGCUUUUUCCAUUGAAACUCAAUCUGCUAAUAUUGAAUUAAAUAAGAAUAAUAAGGUGCCUAAAAACUACAAGCAAAAUAAAAUGAAAAAAAAAAAAACAAAGAAAAAAUUAGAUGUAUCCUCUGUUCCCAGCCAACCGCCAAAAUAUUCAGAACAAUCUUAGGGUGGCUUUCUUUUCUAGUAGAAAUAAUACUGAUAUGCAUCCCAAACCUGUGGGUUGAACUAUACUGUAUGUAAUGUGUGCUUUUUUUCUUAGUGAAAGUUCAAACUUGAGAUAUAACGAAACAAAUUUAACUUAAAGGAGAGAGGUAAAGUAUUAGAAAUCCAGUUAAAAAAAAUACAACAAAAAAAAAAAAGCAUAAAGAAUCAGGUAAUCAGUUAUUGUGCUCGCUCGGAGACUUGAUGGGUAUGCUGUUGUGCCUCUGCACAUUAAGUUUCAGUCAAAAUUAAUUUCAACUUUGGAGAUCACUGGGUUUCAGUUGAACCACGUACAGAGGUUCUCAUGUUCUUUUGUUAAUGGUCUUGAAUGAAACGAAUUAAAAGUUUUAUGAAAAUCAAGCGCAAA